GAGGGGUGUAUACGUGUCGACGUCACCGCUCGGUUUUUACUGUGAACGCCAAAAUAAAACGAGUAAAAACUUUUCUAUCCGUCUCAUAACUGGAAACACAUGGCAGCCAGGCACUAAGGCUGCGAGAAAGCCGUUUAUCUCCGCGGUGUGAUGGUUGUUGGGACUCGGCAUUGUUCGCGCAGCAGAGGAGCCUUUUUCUCCCUUUCUUUCCUUCAACGGUCGCACAGCGACAGGCAACAGCGACGCUAGCCGACCUGCUAACGUCAAGUUGGUAGAAAGUGGAGAGAAGACAAGCGGCUAAACGGGGGAGCUUAUCCGCCUACACAGACCUAUGCGACGGAUAGCAGGUGAGUGAUGGAGACGAGAGAGUGGACCGUGGUCGCUGGCAGCUUCGUGGGUUUCCAGCUUCUCUUCUCAGUGGCCAGCCCGCGGCUCUCCUACAUCAUCACGCCGGCCUACAAGGCGCUGCCCGCCACCAAGCUCACCGAGUGGAACUCCAGGCUGGUGUCCACGGUGCACGCUCUGAUCGUGGGGUUGUUCUGUCUGUACAUCCUGUGGUUCGAUGAUGCGGUCAACGCCAAUCCCGUCUGGGGUGACCCCAGUCUGGUCAAGCUGAACGUAGCCAUAACCUGUGGUUACCUCCUCUACGACCUGGUGCUGCUAGCAUGUAACUGGAGCACUAUGGGGGACAGCUUUUUUGUCUGUCACCACUUGGCGGCGCUGUAUGCAUACGGAUAUGUGCUGACACGAGGUGUGCUUCCUUACUUUGCCAACUUCCGCCUCAUUUCAGAGUUGUCCACGCCGUUUGUGAACCAAAGGUGGUUCUUCGAGGCGUUAAAGUACCCACGCUCGCACCGGUUGGUGGUGAUAAACGGCGUCGCCAUGGCGGUGGUGUUCUUCCUGGUGCGCACUGCGGUCAUGCCGUCGUACUGGGGCAGUGUUUUCGCCACCUUCGGCACUGAGGACUUUGCGCGGCUAGGCUUGGGCGCCCAGGUGGCCUGGAUCAGCUCCUGCAUCGCCCUGGAUAUCUUGAACGUUAUCUGGAUGUAUAAAAUUGCCCGCGGCUGCUACAAGGUCCUGACCGGGAGGGGAGGGGCACGGAAGGUGAAGGAAGCUGCGGAGAAGGAGUCUCCGUUGGACGGGAAGCAAGUCAACAACCACACAGACUAGUAAAAACAAGACAAGUAGAGCAAACGGAUAUGUAGACACAGACAUGCGCAGCAAGGGAGGCUGGACUUCCAGGAAUCUUGCAGCCUCUCUCUGUCGCUGUAGCCUCAGUCUCCCUCCAAUCCCCCAAAUCUUAGCCCCUAGUAGUUGGCUAGUGGACCGGGCUAAGCGGUCCUCAGGUCCGGACCCGACACGAGACAAAGACACGGCUCUUUGUCUCACUCAGGCCCCAGCCUCUGCAGACUCAGUGUUAGCCUGCUGGGUGAUAGCGGUCAGUCGCGGUGACAAAGCAGAGCUCACAAGCACACUUUUUAACUCCAUCUCUCGCUCGUCCCUUUCGUCUCCCCUCCCCCUCCCUCCCUCUCGUGCUCAACUUCAGCCAAAGCCCGAUCCUGUGAAGUGCCUGUGAAAGACAGGAAAAAGCAAUAAUUGUGGAGGAAGCAAGAGUCACAAAGUCUAAACAGAGCUUAGCCCCUUCAUACGACAACCAUCUCCAGAUCGCUUCUGCUCCUGAAAAACUCCAACCGGAGGCUUUUUCUGGCAUCCGUACUCCGUCCACGGUCGGGGAGACGUGGCCCGCAGAGCGACGUACUCUCACGUCAGACCCAAACAGUGUUUGUGAACCUAUAGGGCUCUAGUCUUAAACUCAUCAGACCUCACAAAAAGAGACCGUAAAAACACCACAAUGCCUCUUCUGCAGUAUCACCUGCUGUGGCCUCCUUGUGACAAACAAAUGGCUCCUGCCUAUAUCACCAGCCAUGCCCCUUUCAGACUCCGUACAAAUUGGAUUAUAUAUUUUAAAAAUACAAAACCAAGAGCAGGAGAGGGAAAGCAAGACGCUCUCCGACAUCCUGAGCGUCUCACAGGACAAUUAUUAUUUUUUUGCCUUUUCGUUAUUGGUUGUGUUGGCAUCACUGAGCAGCAGACCCCGAAACGGAAUCUGCGGAUGUUUUUCAUGUUCGUCACUUUAUUUCACUUUGUUUUAAUCGAUCGCACCAACCUUUCCACCAAAAGCCAAGCGUAAGAACUUCUCUGCA